UUUCUCUUUCACAGGUUAGAGCACCCCCCUGGAGACAACGAAAGAAGUCAGACGAGACAAUCCUUCAACAAAGCAGUGUGUACUGUGUUCAGCACGUGGCUUUCGGAGUAUCCUGAAGACUUUAAGAACCUCAGCGAUCCCUCUCGCCUGUUGCGUCUGGCUCCUCUCCUUCCUCAGGACUCCUCGUCUGCUGCUGACCUUCGAGCUCGCCUGCUCAGGACGGCCGAGGAGCUCAGCGAGAAAGCUCUGCUCCCUGACAAACACAGAGAUCAAACCAGUUCUAGCACCUCUCCACCUGAUGCUUCCAAGAUUGAAGCUCACAGCGUCCUGGGAUUCCCAGCAGCUCUUAUUGCAGAGCAGCUCACAAAGAUAGAAACUGAGCUCUUUGUUCGUCUUGUGCCGUACCACUGUCUCGGCUCGCUGUGGUCUCAGAGAGACAAGAAGGGCAGGGAAGGGGUUUGCUGGUCUGUCCGGGCCACUAUACGGCAGUUCAAUAAGCUGGCCAAUGCGGUGUUGGCGUCCUGCCUUUGCCCGACGCACCUGCGCACCCAACAGAGAGCCCGGCUACUGGAGAAAUGGAUCAGCGUCGCAGAGGAAUGCAGAGCCAGGAAGAAUUUCUCCUCCCUGUACGCCAUUGUGUCCGCGCUGCAGAGUAACCCCAUCCACAGGCUGAGGAGGACUUGGCAGGAAACUGACAGAGAGGCCUUGAGGAGAUACGAGGAGCUGGCAGAAAUAUUUUCAGACAAGGACAACUAUGCACAGAGCAGAGAACUCCUGAAGGAGGAGGGCACAUCAAAGUUUGCAAACUGUGACAACAGGCUGAACAACAGACACCUCAACAGGUCCAACGCUCAGGGCACCGUGCCCUACCUGGGAAUCUUCCUCACAGACCUCACCAUGUUGGACGCAGCAGUCAAAGACAGGCUGGAUAAUGGCUACAUCAACUUUGACAAAAGGAGAAGGGAAUUUGAGGUUUUAGCUCAAAUCCGGCUCCUGCAGUCUUCCUGCAAAAACUGCGUCUUUGUCGCUGAUGAAACCUUCUUACAGUGGUAUCACAGCGUACCCACCCUGACAGAGGAGCAAAGUUACAGGCUGUCCAAUGAGAUCGAAGCGCCCAGUGAGCCGAGUCCUCGAUCUCUGAUGCCAACAGUCAUCAUCACCCAGUGCCCAGACCUGAGUACCUCCCGAACCAGCCUGGCUGGUGAUGGCGACAGCCUCUUUUACUUCCAUUCUCCAGUGAAUAACUUUCUCUCUAAACUCACAAAGCACAUGAGAUCUCCGUCGGUGUCCUGUCUGGAUGUCGACACUUCCCCUCCAACCAAUGAGUCCACCCCCGUCGCGCUGACUCCAUCCAGUCCCACGAAAUCCCACCGCAGAUCAGCCUCCUGCGGCAACAACCUCCCCAAUAACGUUCCAGGGUCGGGGCCCGACAUGCAGAUCAUCCGGAUCCGGAUGGACCUGCAGGAUGGAAACCUGUAUCGAAGCAUAAUGGUGACAAGCAAUGACAAGACCCCCGCUGUGAUCAGCGUUGCGUUGGAGAAACACAACCAGGACCCCAAACAGGCCUCCAGAUAUGAGCUGAUACAACUUCUGCCUGAAGGAAAAGAACUGGUCAUCCCUGCCAAAGGAAACGUGUUCUACGCUAUGACGUCAUCCAGUGUUGACUUCCUGUUGAGGAGGAAAGGCGGGAACACGCCUCUCAGCUCACAGCCCAUCACCACAGAGACGAGCGCCACUUUUCCUCGUAUCAAGGCCAAAGGAAGGAGAUUGGUCCGGAAUUUGUUUUGACACAAGCUUCGUCCUCCGUGGCAGUUUUUUUUUGCUUUUCUCUUUAAAUGUGUGACAUUUUUUUCCUGUGCAAAAACUAGAGAAAUCUAAACAUGCCUUCCCUCGUUUUCCUGACCAAGUCUGUUCUGCAAAAAAACAAAAACCACCAAGGACAAGUCGACUGGAAUGUUAAUGCAGGAGCCAUCUGCUGCUGAGAACCCGUGCCAGUUCUGCAGUUACUAACCAAUGUGCGUCACUAAUUUUGACAAAGAGGGGAAAAGGUCUAACUGAGAUAAUUAAGUGCUUCUGUCCUGUCAAAGCUUUUUUAUUUUCAAUCGGCAAGCAGGAUUUCCAAGCACAGAUGUGUAGCAAAACACUGAAGAUUUUUAUUGUUUAUAUUUAUAUUCUUUGUCUGUGUGAUAUGACAUGUUCCUAAUUCAUCAGAGGAAAAACUAUUUAUGGAUACCUGGCGGAUUCAAGAGAGCUCCAAAGAACUUAAUUAUAUUUUCAUUUCAACAUAAACAUUGAGCUGCAAUGAUCUGAUGUCUAUUUGAACAGUGAUGGCGGCUUCCAUAGAUGACUGUUACCAACUCUGCAGCUCAUCUCAUUGUUUUGGACUCCGUCUGGACACAUAGUUUUGGGUUUUACUUAUUUGAUCGGCUCGUUUAGCUGCAUUCAUCUCAUCAGCAGGUUGUUUAUGACCGUUUCUGCCAGCUGAAGCUGUUGUCGGCCAAAGUAAACCUAAAACGAGUCUCACCCAUUAUUUACAUGAGAGGGAAACUAUUUAUCUGUACCACUGUGCAAAAACCAGAGUUAUCAACCGUUUCUUCAUAUUUUCCUUCCAAACUAAUCAGACUUUCUGCUGAUCUUUUAGUCAUCUAUAUAUUUUACUACAUU